UUAAGAUUUUUUUGAUGUGACAUGGAUUAAAGUUUAGCUCCUGGAACCAAACAACCCCUUACUAGCCAAAUAACUUGAGCAGCUCGAAACUAGAGGUGCAAAUUUGUGACUCUUAGAUGUACUUUCAAUCAUCUUUAGUUCAAAUAUUUAUACUAUUUUUUAAAAACAUGAUCUUAUUUUGAGAAGCACCGGAGAUUGAAGGCGCACAUAAGGAACACCAAUUUACACCCAUAACCCUGGACCUUAAAUGCUACACUUUCUCGACAGCCAAACAAAAUCAGGGGAUUGAGUUGGUUCCGUUUGCAUUUAUAGAAAUCUAUUUGUAACCGAAUAAACUGAUAAAACUGAAUCCCCAUUUCCACUUGCACGUCGAGUGAGUUUGAACUUUGAACCCCUAGGAACCCCACCAAUUUCAGCAACCACUGUUGCGAGACGUCGCUGUGUUGAGACGUGGCCCACUGCUCGACCAGCUCGUGGUAAACGAGUGAAAUUAUUAAUUGUGCCCCAGCCUCCAAGCUCCAGUCGCUGGAGGUGGGCCAUCCCCCGAGAAGUACGGACCAGCCGCUGACAAACGGGGCCCGCUAGACCGGAAGGCUCGCACGCCACAGAUCGGAUCGCAACAGUUCAAGUGCUCAACCAACCCACAGGCUCGCCAUACAGAAGUUCACACACACAGCCGCGCAGUGCGUGCCUCGUUGUGUCCGCCUCGAAUCCGGCGGCGGCGGCAGGGGAGAUGGAGGCGGCGGCGGCGGGCGGAGGGGGCGGGAGGUGGUGCGUGGUGACUGGCGGCCGCGGCUUCGCGGCCAGGCACCUGGUGACGAUGCUGCUCCGCUCCGGCGAGUGGCGGGUGCGCGUGGCCGACCUGGCCCCCGCCAUCGCGCUCGACCGCGACGAAGAGGAGGGGCACCUGGGCGCCGCGCUCCGCGAAGGCCAGGCCGCCUACGUCUCCGCGGACCUCCGCGAUAAGGCCCAGGUCGCCAGAGCUUUUGAAGGGGCCGAAGUAGUUUUCCAUAUGGCUGCUCCAGAUUCAUCCAUCAACAACUUCCAUCUUCAUUAUUCAGUCAACGUCGAGGGAACAAAAAAUGUUAUUGAUGCUUGUAUCCGUUGCAAGGUGAAGAGACUCAUCUACACUAGUUCACCGAGUGUUGUAUUUGAUGGAGUUCAUGGAAUUUUUAAUGCAGAUGAAUCAAUGCCUUACCCAGAUAAGUUUAAUGAUUCAUAUUCAGAAACGAAGGCAGAUGGAGAAAAACUGGUGAUGAAGGCUAAUGGUAGGGAAGGGCUUCUUACUUGCUGUAUACGCCCAAGUAGCAUUUUUGGCCCUGGCGAUAAGCUACUGGUUCCAUCUCUGGUUGCUGCUGCAAGGGCAGGGAAAUCCAAAUACAUUAUUGGUGAUGGGAAUAACUACUAUGAUUUCACCUAUGUGGAAAAUGUGGCAUAUGGCCAUGUUUGUGCAGAGAAAACUUUAUCAUCUGAAGAUGGUGCAAAGAUAGCCGCUGGAAAAACCUAUUUCAUAACAAAUAUGGAGCCCAUCAAAUUCUGGGAGUUCAUGUCAUUGAUUUUAGAAGGUCUUGGAUAUGAAAGGCCUUCAAUAAAAAUACCUGUCUCUGUUAUGAUGCCAGUGGCUCAUGUUGUAGAAUGGACUUACAAGAAGUUUGCCAAGUAUGGAAUGAAAGUUCCUCAGCUGACCCCUUCAAGGAUUAGGCUGCUCUCAUGUAACAGGACAUUCAGCUGCUCAAGAGCAAAGGACCAGCUUGGUUAUGAGCCCCUCGUGCCCCUUAAGGAAGGACUGAAGAGAACCGUAGAAUCAUACCCCCAUCUACGAGCUCAGAAUCAGAGAAGCAUAUCAAAGGCGUCAGUUUUCCUUGGGAAUGGAAAUUUGGCAAAAACAUUACUUUGGGAAGAUACAAAGCAAACAGUGACGGUGCUACUACUAUUGGCUGUUAUCUAUUACCACUUGUUUACAUGUGGUUACACCUUCAUCACAGCUAUGGCAAAGCUUUUGUCACUGACUGCAUUGUUUUUAUUCAUUCAUGGCAUGCUGCCAGCAAAUGUAUUUGGCCAUAAGAUUGAGAAACUUGAGGCCUCAAAUUUUCACAUCACAGAGGUGGAGGCCCAUCAUGUAGCUCAUUCCAUCAGCUCAUCAUGGAACUCUUUAGUCGGUGCUCUAAGAUCUCUUUGCAGAGGAAAUGAUUGGCCACUGUUUUUCAAGGUUGCAUUAUCUCUGUUGGUUAUCAGCAUUCUUAGUUCAAUGUCGUCUCCGGCUGCCUUCAAAAUAGGUACUGCUCUGGUUUUCACUGGCUUCAAAGCAUAUGAGAAAUGGGAGGACACCAUCGACAGUAUGGUUGGCGACGCGUGCUCUAUUCUUACGCACAUUGGUUCGAAUAAGAAAUCUUCAAGCCAGGAACAAAUGUAGAUGUGGAUCUUGCAAACGAUCAGUUGCUUCAUUUAGUGCUAUUAUCUUGCUGUUUAUUGUUUUUGUACGCCUGGAAUUUGUCUGCAUUCUUUUAUUGACGUAACAGAAUUGCCUAGCGGCUGAUAAGGAAUAGGUAGUUGUCUAGUUGAUGUAUGGUAUGAAACUGUAUGCUUUCUCCCGCUCUUGAGAGGUUCUCUUCUCAUUUAUGUUGGCUGACAGAUAAGUUCAUCUUGCAAUAAGUUUGCUGAAUGGCAGAAUGGGUGCAUGCUUGAAUAAGUA